UGUGGCCAAAGCUCUGUGUGAUGUGAUUCGCCUGGAGGGGGGCCUGGACCUGCUGCUGAACCUGCUCCAGGCAACAGAGCUGGAAACCAAGUGCCAGGCAAGCAAACUCCUGGAGCAGAUCCUGGUGGCAGAAAACAGCAUUUGUAUCUGCCUCUCUCUGGGCUGGGCUGUGAUAUCAUCUCCCACAGGGUGCAUCUCAUCUCAGCCAGUGACCUCAGCCUGCCAGCGGCUGCGCCAUACACUGACAGCAGUGUCCCCUGCGCCAGAGAGCUGCUCUCCUUCUCCCCAGGACACUGAGUGGCUGGGGCCAGGCAGCUGGUUCUAAGCCCUAACUCCCUGCGAGUUUAGUGUGUUCUUCACCCCCAAGCCCUGGUGUCAGUGCUGCAGAUGACAGGACCAUGGGCCGGCAGCUUCACCCGGACUCUAGUGAUUCCCUCCUGGCUGCUGCCAUUGGCCUUUCUGCCCCAUCUGUGAGCUAGGCUGUUGGUUUCUCUGAUUCCCUCCCCAUUAUCCCCACAUCUUUUCCCUGACCACUGUGCUGGCUGCCCAGACUCCCAAGCCUGGUUCCUUGCUCCCAGAUUGGACUGUAUCUGUAUCUGGACAAGGAAACCUAGGGUCUUGGACUCUGCGGAGAGGAGUCCGAGGCAGAAAGUCUCUGCAAUCUGACCUGAAUUUCUUGUUUUAAUAAAAACAACGAGGAGUCCUUGUGGCAUCUCAGAGACUAACACAUUGAUUUGGGCAUCAGCUUUCGUGGGCUAGAACCCACUUCAUCAGAUGCAUGGAGUUUUAAAUGUCUUAAUAUUUCCUGCAAACCUGACAAUCACGUUAUCUAACCAACAGUCCUGCCAGCUGCCCAAUGUGGCAGCUCACUCCAGCUUGGACAUUUUCAUCCACAAUUCCCCUUCCUCUCCUGGUCUCCAGCAGGUUUCUACCCAGCUGCCAUUCUGCCUGAGCCAUUCUGCUCUGCAUGGACCCUGCUCCAGUAUUGUUUGAUCUGCUGCACCCUCACAACCCAGCCUGCCAGGGCCGCACUAUCUCCAGGCACCAGCAGGUAGUUGAGACUGACACUGCCUUGAUUGUGCAGCUGAGGUCACACAGAGCUCCCACCAAUGCGGGUCUGCACAGCUGGGUGUCCAAAGAGGCUGACCACGAUGGUAAGGACUCGCUUCUCUGGGACAGGAAUGGAGGUAGAAGGAUUCAUGCUUAGAAAGUGAAUGCACGAGGCAUGUUCUUUGCACACGCAUCUGAGUGUGAGCGUACUGGGACUCGCGGCUGUCGGGGAAGAGCUAUAACGUACAUGUUCAGUGCAGGAGCCAUUUCUGAGAGCAAGGUCUCCUCUGCAAACACGGCUUGGUGCAUGUACGGAUCAGCACAUGCUGCAACUGGCCCCGCUGUGGAGUCUGGGGCUCAUCCAAAUUUACAGGCUAUUCUGCCCCCUCCACUGAGUCCAGUGGUAACAGCGGGGCCCAGAGAGGCAAAGAGGUUAAUUAGGAGAAUGCAUUAGGAUGUCAUUAACAUGGGAGGAAACAUCAGCUCAGAGAGUUUGAAUUCAGCCCCUCGGUUCCUGGCAAGAGGGAGCGGCCGUUUGGCCCUGCUGUCUGACUCAUACAGAACCACACAUCCUGCAUCUGGGCAGGGAGACGAGUCUGUUCAUUCUGUUCCCAGCCAGCCCCCUUGCUGCAGCCUAGCGGGCUGUGCUCUGCCCCUAUCAAAUGCAGGCCUGGAGUGUCAUUGUGCCCCAGAACCUCAUGGGGGUAACACCAAGGUACCCCUCCUCCCAGUGUUCCCAGGCUGAACCCUGGGGACGCUCAGAGGGCACUGUAAUCGCCCAGAGAUGAGCCGCAGCACUUCAAACUGAACUGAGGUUCUCAGCUUGCUUCCUGCCAUGGCCAUGCAAGCUGCCAGUCGCAGCAGCUCCUACCCAGAAUCCUUUGCAACUGUUCCCAUGCUGCAACAAGCUCAGGAUGACAGUGCCCUGCCCUAGCCAGAGAUUCGGAGAAUAACCACGCACCUGGUGAGCCUGGAUACUGUGUGGAGGGGCCUGGACUCUGGAUCCCAGCCCCAGACUGAGUCUGCUAUCUGAGUUGAUUGCUGUCAAAUUGAGCCCAAGGUCAUUGUGAGCAGCACAGAGAACAGGAGUUCCCAGAAACACCCAUCUCACCUGCACUGAUGGGAGACGGGCUGCCUGGAUUGCAUUCCUUCAAUGCAGCAGGCAGAGUUGCUAUCUGCCUGCGGGGACUUUGUUGACCCUCCAGCCCACACCUCUGGGGACUCCAAGAGCCAGAAACACAGUGCUGUUCUUCCCAGCUACUGGCUGGAGAUGUGAUAAGUACCGACUGCUCCAGCGCCCCCAGCUGGUACUUGUACUGGACCUGCAAUCCGCAUUAGCCUAUUGAUGGCAUGGUGCAGAGUGUGCGGCCCACCCCACACCCUCUGUCACAACCUGGCCAGACACCACUCUGCUGGGAGGGGACCUCACCACUUGUACAGGAGCUGCACCGAGCCCUGGCACUGUGUUUCUAGGGCUCACUCCCAGCUUCCAGUCUCUUGUCCAAGUCCUUCCUUAGGAUGAGGGACCCCAUAGUCCUGCUGCCCCAGACCCUGGAACAAGCCACCCUGGUUGCUUACACGCACUCUCCCAGCGCGCUGGGCUCCAGGUUCAACCCCUUCAGGGACAAUGGGACAGGGAUGCAAGGAGCUUCCUAACCACAUCGACUUUACUCCAAGAGCACUAGAGAGCUACAGAUCUUUGCAAAUAACCAAAAUCCUGACCCUCCAUUUCCACCCCACCAAUCUGAUCUCUCACCUCCUGGGAGACCAAGGACUGGUCAGCGUUUCCGGCUGGGGAGAGUCUCUCCUGCCUGCCCCCCGCCAGCCAGUGCCUCUAUCAUGUCAUGGUGCUUGGCUCCCCCUCCACAGCAAUGUCUCCCACCUUAAUACCCUGUUUGCCGCAUGGCCGGACUGAGAAAGUCCAUCUCCUUUCCCCAGCCAGACAUCUGCACAGACCAUUCACUGUUCCAUGGGCUCGCCAUCAGUUGUGAUGGCCCCAGAUUGCUUGUCACGACUUCUCAGUUGCAGUCAUUCAGCUCGGCAUCCAAGACUUUCCUGGGCUGGGCACCUGGUUGGACUGCAGCCUAACAGACCAUGUUCUCCUGGGCACGACCAGAAGAGGGGGCAGGACAAGGACAAGGAGUCACAAAACACAGUGGCACUCACAGUUUGCUAGAACAGUGUUCUUCUCGAUCACUGCCCCCACCCCCAUCACAUGCUAUACAGAUCCUGGGUAGACAUCAGGAGUGAGUCAUGGGCACGAGUUGUGGGCCCUAGCAGGACAUGCCCCAAGUAACCCAUCCCUAGCCAGGGUGCUGGGAAGCCAGGAGGCUCUGUGAUGUGGCGAGAAAGCCCCUGGACAAGCACAGGAGACCUGGCUGGGGAGCAAGUGUGGCUAACAGAGGCUGCUCCCAGCUUUCAUCUCGCGAAAGCCCCCCAUGGGCUCAGAGGCAGGUGAGAAGGGAAACAAAGCACAGUCAGGAAAUGUGCCUGCAAAGCAUGAACUCGAGAGCCUUUGAAGAAGGGCCUGGCUCGCAGUACCACAACAGCCUGGAGCAGAGAGCCAAACCCCAGCAAACCUGGUGCUCUGGGGAGCUGGGAUUGGGCUGACAGACAGAGAGGGGUUUGCUGAGGGUUGUAACCACCUGUGCCAGUCAAACGGAAAGAACAUGAGCAGGAACAUGAGAAGUGUAACCGCGUCUGUAGGCACCAGGGAAGCGUGUCCUUACACAUUCCUGCUCGCAGUGGAGACCGAGAUCACUGGGGACAGCAAAUCGUGGCCAAUCCAGCUAACAUGCCAGGGGAAGGGAGUGUGGGACUCUGCUCAGGUGUGUGUCUACGUGUCUCUCUACCGUUAACUCCAGGGUGAAUCCAGACCACUUCCAGAACAUUAACAAAGCAGGGCACAAUGGGCCCUUCUGGGUUCUGAGGACCCAUGAAGAGGGUUUGAAUCUACUGAGCAGGGAGGUGGCUGGUGGGAGCUUUGCUGAGAAGAUGGGGACAAGCCUCAUUGGGGGAGGGGAGUCAGGUGAGGUGUAAACUCAGGAAAUUCACUUGCUGCUGAUGUGAUGGUGGAUGGGAGAGGAGAUCCCUGGGGAGCUGGGUCUCUGGACCAUGCUUCCUCAGGGGGAUCUGGGCGCUCUCUGGAUCCAAGAAGAUUUGUAAGGCUCUUCAGGCAUUAGAACAAAGCAGUUCAUUAGUACCAGCUCUGUACAUAGCUAGCCACACUAUGGAGGGGCAGGGAUCCUGGCAGCCAGUCUACAUGAGAGACAGCAUCCUGCCAUCUGUGCCACUUGGAGGCAUUCCACUGCCAGCAGAAACCUCUGUCCCUCCUGGGGCAAAUACCAGUCUCUCAGUGCCAUGUAAACGCUGAUGGGUUCAGUCUCUGGUGACCCUGGCACUGCCAUUCUCUUUGCUUUCAUUCCUGCUUCUCUUUCUUCCAGGGACCGGAUUGCCCGGAUUGGGCUGGGGGUGAUCCUGAAUCUGACCAAGGAGCGAGACAGCCCCCAGGUUGCACGCAGCCUCUCGGGUAUCCUGGAGCACAUGUUCAAACACACUGAGGAGACCUGUUUCCAGCUCAUUUCUGAUGGGGGCCUGGACACCAUCCUCUACUGGUGCCGCUGGACCGACCCCGUUGUAUUGCGCCACUGUGCCAUGGCCCUGGCCAACUGUGCCAUGUAUGGUGGGCAAGCCAACCAGCGGCUGAUGAUCGAGAAGAACACAGCAGAGUGGCUCUUCCCACUGGUGUUCUCCAAAGAUGAUGAGCUGAUCCGCCUGCACGCAUGCCUGGCCAUCACAGUGCUGGCCACCAACAAAGAGAUUGAGAAAGAGGUGGAGCGGUCGGGGACCCUGGCGCUGGUGGAGCCCUUCAUCGCCUCUCUGGACCCGGAGCAGUUUGCAUGCGACUUGCUGGACAGCAGUGACAACAGUCAGGGAAGGACAGCGAAGGACCUGCAGCACCUGGUGCCCUUGCUGGACAGCUCGCGGCUGGAGGCACAGUGCAUCGCUCUCUUCUACCUGUGCAUAGAGGCUGCCAUCAAAGCCAGACAGAAGAAAACCAAGAUUUUCAGUGAAAUCGGGGCUACCCAGAGCCUGAAGAGGAUAGUGUGUUACUCCACCAACACCACUGCCUCAUCGCUGGCCAAGAAGGCUCUGCGCAUGAUGGGUGAGGAGGUGCCUCGACGGAUCCUGCCCACCGUCUCCAGCUGGAAACCCAUCGAGGUGCAGACGUGGUUGCAACAGACUGGAUUCAACAAAUACUGCCAGAGCUUCCUGGAGCAUGAGGUGGAUGGGGACUUGCUGCUGCGACUGACAGAGACAGAUCUGCGGGAAGAUCUGGGAAUGGCCUCUAGCAUCAUCCGGAAGAGGUUUUUCCGGGAACUGACAGAGCUGAAGACAUAUGCAAAUUACUCCACCUGCGAUCGCAGCAACCUGGCUGACUGGCUGGGCAGCAUUGACCCCAAGUUCCGCCAGUACACGUACAACCUGGUGACUUGUGGCAUCGACCGCAACUUCCUGCACCGAGUGACGGAGGAGCAGCUGCAGGAGGACUGCUGCAUCGAUGUGGGCUUCCACCGUGUGCGCAUUCUCUCUGCCGCCAGGGAAAUGCUUCACUCUCCCCUGCCGUGCAGUGGCUGCAAAUCCACCUCCGAGGGGCCCGACGUGUUUAUCAGCUACCGACGGAGCACUGGCUCCCAGCUGGCCAGCCUGCUGAAGGUCCAUCUGCAGCUGCACGGCUUCAGCGUGUUCAUAGAUGUGGAGAAGCUGGAGGCGGGGAAGUUUGAGGACAAGCUGAUCCAGAGCGUGAUGAGCGCCCGCAACUUCGUGCUGGUUCUCUCUCCAAACACGCUGGAUAAGUGCAUGGGGGACCCUGACCGCAAGGACUGGGUGCACAAGGAGAUUGUGACGGCCCUGAGCUGUGGGAAGAAUAUCAUCCCAGUGGCUGACCAUUUUGAGUGGCCUGAUCCACAGGAUCUUCCUGAGGACAUGAGGGCUGUCCUGAAAUUUAACGGCAUCAAAUGGUCCCAUGAGUACCAGGAGGCCACAAUUGAGAAGAUUAUCCGCUUCCUCCAGGGCCGCUCCUCCCGGGAUUCUUCAGCUGGCUCAGAAAACAGCCUGGAGUGUGCAGCCCCUCUCGGGCAGACCUACAGCCAGGCAGCACCGCCCCAUAUCCUCUAGGGCAGUGUUGUUCAACCAGGGACCGGCUUGCUGCUUUCCUAAUCUGCAUCAGGGAGAUCUCAUGGCAUGGCGCCGGUCCUCGGCCCAGCGGUUGAGAAACACGGUGCUGUGGACUUCCCAGAAGGGCUCUCCCCAAGUGGGGUUAAACCCUUCCUGUUAGAGCUUCUUGCUUCCAGGGCUGCCCCCUGGGCCCAUCUCCGAGGGACCUGGCCCACUUUCCUGACUCAGUCAGUGCAAGAGGAAGGGCCCUUGGCUGGGGCAGCAGCCAAAUAUAAACUCUCUAAUUACCCUCCCAUCCUAGAAAUCAGCCCCAGGAACCGAAAAGGACAUUCUCCCCUGAAGAGCAACAACCACUUCCUAUCUGCUUCCUAUAGCCGGUCCCAAUGCCCUGGGGCAAGGAGACAGCUGUUCCCCUUCUCUCCCCAGUGAAGUGUCUGUGACUUUUACUAAAAACACCCAUGAGCUGUGUAUUCACAAGGGGCAGCAGCUCAGGGAUGAGUGGCACCACAAAGUGCCAAUGGGUAAAAGAAGCCAAAUGAAAGCAAAGCCCUGGAGCAAUCCCCUUGUUUUAUGUCAGGUCCUUACAACCUGCCUGGGGGGAGACCUCCCCUCCCCGCAUCCCAAACAGCAGCUCCUGCUCCCUCCUGGCCUCUCACCACAUGGUGCCCAUCACCAUCAGGCUUGGGGAACCUUCUGUUUCUAGCUCAGAUAGAAAUCUUUCCCGGAGGCCUUCGCAAAGUGCAUCUUGUUUUUAAUUACAGGUUUCAGAGUAGCAGCCGUGUUAGUCUGUAUUCGCAAAAAGAAAAGGAGGACUUGUGGCACCUUAGAGACUAACAAAUUUAUUAGAGCAUAAGCUUUCGUGAGCUACAGCUCACU